UCGAUCUUGGCAAGUAUAUAGUGUAGGGUACUGUAAUCACUUUGGAUUUUCUCAGAUAUUACAUUCAUUUCAGCCUUUUUGUGGAGGUAUAAUCCUCUUUGAAUUUCACGCUUCCAUUUGAGAGCCUCUUGAUCUUCAACGGAUGCAAACUUUUUUAAAGUGCUUACACCCAAAGAGACAUCGCGAGAAUUAAUGGCCAUAAAUCCAUGUUGAUAUUCUAAGAUAAAACAUCCAAGAAAUGUAAAUCUUUCUGUGGCUACCCCCUUAUUGAAUUCCCUAUAGGACUUGAAAAUCAAAAUACCAUAAAUAUCUGAAUCCAUAAAUCCGUAAAUAGGUAAACCGCUACAUGCCAAGUGCCAAAUAAAGCUUUUGGUUAAUAGAUCUGGAAAGCCUUUUCCAGUCACAAAGAGGAUGCCUUUGUGUUUUUCUUGGCCCUGAGUUUUGAUGCAGCUGACUAAAGAUCGAAAGAUAGCAUCUUUUUCUACUAUCACCACCAGCCGGAUGUGAGGAUGUAUUUUCUCUAUUACCAGUUGAUAUUUGAUAGGAAUUAAUAUGGCAUCAUCGAAACCAAGAGCGAACAUCAUGCCCUUUUGAUUAGGGUAAAUGUUCAAUUGAGUGAUUGAUGCCUUGAGAGAAUGUGCCAAUAAAUCAAGUAGUUGAUUACAUUCAGACUGAUCCUUCUGGAACAAUUCAACAUCUUGGUAAUAUAGGUGUCGUUUUGUUGUAUAGAUUCCUGAUUCUAAAUUUUGGAUGAGAUGCUUGAUCAAUGUGAUUAUAGCGGUAAACUUCAUCAAGCUUCGAUCUUCAUGACCAACAGAAGGAAAACAUCUGAUUGAACCUGUUUUAGCUCUGAGAGUCAAUUGAAAUGGAGAGCAGGCGAGAAACAACUUAAGCACUUGUUCAUUGAUGUAUUUCAAUUUUUGUAGGACAGACAACCUUAGAGUUUGUUAGCAAGGGAAAAGAGAAAAAGUAAGGGAUAAGGUAACUCGUACUCGAGAGGUAAGUCAAAACAUUUCACAUCAACGAACUCUUGUGCCUGUUUGGAUACAUCAUCUUGUAGAGAAGCACCAGCUUCGAUUCCGUUCACACCCAUCAGGAGGCAAUUGACGGGUGUAGAUAGAGAUAUAUAUAAGUAAAAAAAUUGUGCGCAGCUCCUAUCUUUAACAAUGAGGCUCCCAGAUGCUGUCAGGGGUAGUGGUUAUCUUUGGGUAGAAGGACAUUAUGGCAAUCAUCUGUCUCUAGUCAAUUAACAACCAACUGCGGGAAAGAAAUAACAAGGUAAUUUGAAUAAACUAUUCUUUGGUCACUGCAUUUUUAACACCAGCCUCAAAAAGGCUCGAAAUUUUCUGGGGGCUAAAGUUUCGUCAACUAGUUUAUUAUUAUCUUCUUGCUAAAGGAGGUUAGAUCAAGUUUAUUGUUUCUGUUUAUUUGGGACAUUGGAACAUAUAGAGUUCAUAACACAUUCUUGGUUUAUUUUGUCAAAGCCGUCAAAGUCUUGUUAGUACAGCAUUAACAAUUACCACCGUCUCACUGUAUCACCUCAUAAAUCAAAAAGUUCUAAAGCAUUUAACGUAAUGGCAGUCCUUAUUAUUUCUAAUUCAAUGCUGCCGACAGUGUCCUUGACCAAGAGAUAUGGAUUUGACUCCAGCAAUGGGGCGAGAUGGGCAUUUUUUGGGAUCUUUCUUGCGGUUAUCCUCCUUGUGGUAGUUGGGACCAUUAGAGUUAAUAAAAAAAGGUCAUCCAGUGGACUCCAGCCUAUAUAUGGUACAAGGUGGAUGACACCUCCGUCAUACGUCCAAUCUCAAACCCAAUACAACCAGCCAUCAACAAGAAAUCAUGAUUCAUAUGUUCCCCAAACUUAUGUGCCCACUUACACCGAGAGAGCCAAUGAUCAGGACAUGGGCUAUUACGAUGCUACAGGUGAAUUUCACCCUAAUCCCAAUGCUAAAGUAUCAACCCCUUAUACCCCCAAGGUACCAGGUGUUAGCCAGCCAUCAGAAGCACAUCGUAGAGCCACUCUGAAUAGUGAUGGAAUAGCGUUGAGCGAAAUACCAGCAGUUGAGAAUGCUACUGAUUCUACACAGCAUCGAAGGCAGGCGGGAGAAGAAGAAGAUUUAUAUAACUUCACCCGUCCCCUGGGACCUCCCCCAGCAACACAAUAGGCUCAGGUCAGUAGAUGUUAGUAUGCACUACAGAAUGCCUAAGCAUUAAAUUUAUCAAUUAUGACAGAAUGAUUCACCAACAGAAGCAGUUAAAAACUCAAUUUAACUUGCAAACCUUCUCUCGUUGAAGGACGACUGGAUUGAAAACCAAUUCAACGAAUCAUCAACUACAAUGCCAUCGUUAUUAACAAGUGUUAAAAAACCAAUUCGCUGAAUUUUCCGGCCACCAUACAAUCCUUUCUAACAAGUGUUGAACGGCUGAAGCCUUCUUAUAAAAGUAAAACAAAACGAACGUGACACCAAAAAAUCACAGGAGCAUCAUAAAGAACAUUGAUGGAAUUAUCGUUUCGUCUAACAGUUGUACAGCUGAUGAUUUUCAAAAGCUCCUGGAACUGUGGGCCAAUAGUUCAAUAUUGUAAGACUCCAUGGCGUCCUGUUACAUAUAUAUGUUAAUAAUCAUCUAAAUCUGGAAAUUGUGAUAUGCAUAGAAGCUCUUAUAACGAACUUAAUACAAUCAGUUGCAAGGAGUUGCAGGU